CACACACACACACACACACACACACAGAGACUGUACAGUAGAGAGCGAUGGGACUGCUGCUCUAAGCGCUUUGUGUUGCGGUGAUCUGAAUGAAUGACAGCUCCACCAACAGCUCACAAUAAUGACAUCGGAAGGCCUCGUGUUUUUAUGCUGGUUUUGGAUUCUCCUAAUGCUGCAUGUGAUUGAAGGAAGCGCUAAGGAAUGUGAGUGUCCAUCUGCCAGAAUUUUGUCUCACUUUCCAUCUGAAUUACCCAGUGACACUUGCUGCUUGAACUACUCAGGAUCCACAUUUAACCAGAUUCCCUGGGCGGCUUUUUUGUCACAAACACACCUGCAGGUUUUGGACCUGAGUAACUGUAAUAUCAGUCACAUUGAUCACAGUCAGGUCGGUGAUGCUGUCAGUUCACUGAGGGAGCUGAAUCUUGGCCAGAACAGACUGACAUCUCUGCCAGAUGACUUCCUAGCUAAAGCCUAUAGUUUGGAAGAGCUGAAUCUGGGAGAAAAUCAUCUGAAACAUCUGCCCAAGCAGUUUCUCCAGAGCUCGGACAAACUACGAGCCUUGAUUCUGGGAAGGAACCAGCUGAGCGCUCUACCUCAUUCAGCGCUUAAGCCUUCGCUAGAGCAACUGGAGCUCAUCGGAAACCACUGGGCCUGCACAUGCUCGCUGUUGGAAGGCCUUCAAGGUGGUCCACACACCAAUUCCAGCAGCCUUCAGGACCUCGUAGGUAAUCUGACCUGUGCCUCUCCUCAGAAUCUCGCAAGACGGACUGUUUGGUCUUUGCAGAAAAGUGACGUGUGCCAUUUGGCCAACCUGACUGCUCUCUUCAUCCUGCUUCCCCUGUUCCUCCUCCUCAGUUUGGUGCUCUGCUGGUGCUGUGGGAGGGAGAAGAAGAGGAAAGACAGCUCAUUGUUCAGCGCAACUCGCAAAAGAUCCAACAACACCCAUUGCAAUGGAAGGUGGCCACAUGCCAAACUGCCAGCAGGGGAGUCAGCAGUGUCUGUAGACGGUGGAAAGGAGGUCAUAUUGAAGAACCAGCUGAUGCUUCAGCCCUCAUCCAACUUGUUAGGCAGCACUCGGGAUAUUUAUGAGGAGGUGGAGAUCAAACUAGGCUCUGUGGAGACACUGGCCCCUCUGCCGUCCACUUGCUCCACAGAAGAGACCGCGGGAAAGCAGGACCUGGACACGGUGAGUGUGAGCGAUGUGAUGAAGGACUCAGCCGAUCGGGAGAAGGCGUACCUGACCCAGUCCACUGAAUACUACAGCCUGGUUCCAGGGAUUGAAAUCGAGGACUCCGAUCAUGGAGAGUAUGAGAGUGUGGACCUCUCGUAACAGUAGCCGAAAUGGUGUGUUUGACUGAGAUACUCAGAGAAGUUUGGGGAAGUCUGAAGAUGAGGUCACAUUAACCAUGUUCUUGGUCAAAUUUCAUGGGCGAAUCCAGUCAUUUCAACAAGAAUCUGCAAAGAAGAUUCCGACUGCUCAUCUUGAUCACAACUUGCCAACACAAAGCUUCUUGGUUUGAAAGUGAAGUUUGUGUGAGCAGAUUUUUGCACAAAAAAUUGACUGCUCCUUCAUUAAGGAUGAAGUUCCCCUUCAGUUGCAAAUGAACAGUAAACAUUGCUGUUAAAGGAAGUCACCGCGCCGUGUGAAGCCAUAACUUUUGCAUACAACGUGAAUGAAUUACUGUUCUGGUGAAGUAUCAAAUGAAGCUGUUUGCAGACUCAGUCUGUUGCCAAGAUAAGCUAUCAUAUAGCUGUCCCCUGGAUGUUUUCAUUAUAUUGAGAUUUUUAUAUCUUCGUCCUCUACUGUAAUUUAGAUAGGAAGUUUUAUUAUUGUAAUAUUACUUUGUGUUUCACAUUCAGUUACAGUGUUUAGAGUCAAUGUAUUUGGUGUCACAUAUAACUUUAUAUAUUGUCAUGAAGAGGAAAAGUAAUAGUAGAGAACAAGAGAACUUUAAACAUGACCACAGUUCAGCGUCUGGUCUUUAUCUUGAGUAAUCAAAUCUGUCCAAAUUUGAUGUAUGACGGACUAACAUUUCUCUCCUACACAGAACUUUGCAGGGUUACUGUUUAUGUAACUACGUAAAUGUUGAAAACAGUGAUUAUUUAGUCAAUACUAUCUAGCCUGUUUCCACAGAUGACCUCAGCUGAUGUAAUCAUUAUUUUGGCUUUGUUAAUAAUUCAUGUAUUUUUAACUAGUUUUAUAAACUUUUAUAAUCAAAUAAACAUAAAUAGCUGUACUAGUCAAAUGAAGUGGCUUUUAGAUAAGAUCAGACUGACUCAGCAAGUCAAAUUUAACAGAAGCAGAUUUCAGUGGAAAGCCUAAAUUAAGCAGGAGAGGUGAUGUACACCAUUCAAAACAAGUAACGCUCAACUUUUACCUACAAAAUGACUUAUAACUGUGUUUUCAUUAAUUGAAAUAAAGCUGAAAUUAAAGCAAAUAUAAAUAUUAGAUGAAAAGUGAAAACUUAAAUGAAAAUGAGAGAUGUUGCAUUGGCAUAAUGAAAUAAAACAGGUUUAAGCUGAAGUACUAAAAUUAGUAAAAAUGAAAUGAAAAGAAAUUCAAACUAAAAAAACGAAUAAAGAUGACAGAAGUACAUGAUCAACUCAAAUUAAAAUGAAAACGUAAAUAUAUAUAUAUAUAUAUAUAUAUAUAUAUAUAAAUGAAGGCAAAUUCAAAAUAAUAAUAAAUACUAUAACCAUAGUCCAUGUCUAUGUCAACAAACCUAGUACAAUUUCUAAGGUCAGCAACAAAAAGGUCAGAAAAGAGUGAUGGUCAAACAACACUGAACUAAACACGCAGUUUUUGUAAUCUUGGGUGCACAUAAGUUACACUGGACUUUCUGUAUGAAUCGAUUAUGAUAACUUCAAACAAUCCUAAAAAUGAUAAAUUAUAUUUCAUUGUUGGCUUCAAAUAAAUGCUUUUUCACAUAAUUGUUGUUUUGCAUGUUUUUGAGACUGAUUUUGAACUUUUUAGGUGUUAGUUAAUUGGACGACAGACUCUAAUCAUUGGUUGUUUAACUGACAUUGCGAAAACAUUUUUUUAAUUACACUCAAUCCUGAGGGACCAAGUAUGAAAUGAAUAUAGCUGUUCCAGAGUCUCACACUGGCCUUCACAAAAUCUGCUUGUGUUCCCAUAAUGACCCAGCCCAUUCAUUAGAGGCUGAAAUCCCUCAGUGGUAAUAGAAAGCUAGCUCUGAUUCCUCCUGUGUGGGAGUUUGUAAUUAUAGCAUUGUGUUCCUCCGUCCAGUGAAACCUGCAGCGCUGUAAUGGCCUCACAGGCAUCUCUACCUGCCUGCUGUGGAACAGAGUGGUAUAUUUUGGGCUCUGUGGGCACUUUACAGUUGUGAAAUUUCUAUUGUUAAAGCUCGCCUGAAGAGACACAAUUACAACUGAGAACAAACACUUGUUCUUUUAGAAAAAUGUAAUUAUUUAAACCAUGACUGCAAUUAUGAACAUGCCCUAAUAAAAUAUAAAUCAAUGUCAAAGCUUUGCCAUUUUUAGCAAAAUUAUUUGUCUGCUUAAAAACCCUCAAGCCUCUCAACAGAGAUUUAAUUUUUUAUUUUUUUAAUGACAAUUUGUUCCUUUAAGAGAAAAAAGUGAUCAUAUAUUAUUGAUUUUUACUGAUUUGUGUGCAAAUUUUUAAAUAAAUUAUACAUGUUUAACUAU